AUGUCAAAUAACGAGGCUGUUGUAGAAACUACCGACUGUAGAGCAUCAGCAGAAGUAAAGUGCCAGUGCGGAAAGGUGUGUAAGAACAUCCGGGGAUUGAGGAUUCAUCAAGCAAGGGUGAAGUGCAGACUUGUCGAGUUACAGACGCAGCGCUCAGAAGUAAUUUCUGGUGAGACGCAGGAGGACCCCAGCCAGGAGGCACCCCAUAGUGUUGGGGACCUCUCUGCUUCGGUUUCGUCACAGGUCAGCCAUUCAGACUUGAGUGAUACAAACCACGACCAGGGUGUUCAAGCACAUCCAACACAGCCAGCACGAAGGUUGAGGAUAGAGUGGCCAAAGAUGAACAACAAUGAAGCUUGGAGAAGUUUAGAUGCUGACUUACAUACCAUCCUAGAGUCGGCUCUAAUGGGAAGCGUAGAAAGGAAGGUUGAGGCAAUGGGAACUAUCAUCUACACAUUCUGCAAGGAACGAUUUGGAGUAGGAGGAAAGCAGAGAAAUCCUAAGAACGUAAUUAUCCCGAAUAGAAGACAGGAUAACAUCCAACGACUCAGGCGAGAACUGAAAGCAGUCACACGACAGUACAGGAGGGCAAGUGAUAUAGAGAGGAUAGGAUUACAUCAGCUGCGGGACGACAUCAGGGAGAACUUGGCAAGACUCAGGAAAGCAGAGCAGGUUAAGAAGGCAAGGAAGGAUAGAGCAAGGAAGAGGGAGUCCUUUAUCAAGGACCCUUAUUCUUUUACAAAGACUCUGCUGGGAGGGGAAAGAUCAGGCCGUUUGAAUAGUUCAACAGCAGAUAUUGAGCAACACCUGAGGGAAACGCACGGAGAUGAAGAUAGGGGCAUUCCACUUGGGAACUGUCCACGGAUAGAAGCAGAGGAGCCGCCAGAGUUUCCGCUUGACACCAAGGAACCAACUUGGAAGGAGAUCCAAGAUGUUGUUAAGAAGGCAAGAACUGGUUCAGCUCCAGGCCCAAGUGGAAUUCCUUAUAAAGUGUAUAAGAAGUGCCCACGGCUUUUGAGGAGACUAUGGCAGUUACUGAGGAAAGUGUGGAAGAAGGGGAAGAUACCACCAUGUUGGCAGAAGGCAGAGGGAUGUUUUGUUCCAAAGGAGAAGGACUCAAAACACAUCGGGCAGUUCAGGACAAUUUCCUUGCUGAGUGUUGAAGGCAAGAUUUUCUUUGCAGUAUUGGCAAGACGGAUGACAUCAUACAUGACGACCAAUGGAUACAUUGACACAUCAGUACAGAAAGGAGGUAUCCCAGGCUUUUCAGGUUGUGUGGAGCAUACCAGUGUGCUCAGCCAACUAAUCAGAGAGGCCAAGUCCAGCCGAGGGAAUCUGACAGUAGUGUGGCUAGACAUGGCAAACGCAUAUGGAUCAAUACCACAUGAGCUGAUUGAAGUAGCCCUACAACAUUACUUUAUCCCGGAGCAUAUACAGGGAAUAGUACGAAGCUACUUCAAUGGAAUCCAGGUGCGCUUUACUGUCGGGGAGGAUACAACAUCCUGGCAAAACAUGGAGAAAGGAAUAGUGACAGGAUGUACCAUAUCAGUCAUUCUAUUUGGCAUGGGGAUGAAUCUUAUCUUCAAGACAGCAGGACGGAAACAGGAAUCUACCAACCAUCGAAUCGAGGUUUUAUGGAUGACCUGA